GGGAUCCAAUUGAACAAUGCACAAUAUAAUAAUUAAUCAACUCAGUGUAUACAAGAAGAAGAAGAACGGUCUAUCGAUAAUAUCCAUCUCCAAGAGAAAAGAAGAAAGAGAUAUUGCGAAGAACUCUAAGUUAUCAGCUGAAAGAAUGUUGGGAGAAGAUGCGACCACCGUCAUUAAAGUUCUUGUUAAAACCCUGAUCUACCGCACCAAGAAAGAGUUCUUACGGGUUCAAGGUCUCAACAGAGAAGCGGCAAAACUGACUGGGAAUAUGGAUGCUCUCCAGAAAUUCUUGGAAGACGCCGAGAAUCGUACCAUUCCCAGUGAAUCUGUCAAAAGGUGGCUCGACAAGCUUAAAGAGGUGACCAUCAUAGCUGACAAUGUUUUGGAUGAGUUCAACUAUUAUCUCCUUUCCAAAGCAAACAAGCCCAUUAAACCCAUGAAACAAAAGGUACUAUCAUGCCUCUCCUCAUCAUGCGUUAAUAUUUCACAUUCCCGAAGUAUGGCUCUUAGAAUCCAAGAAAUCAAUGAGAUUUUGUAUUCCAUUGACAAAGAGGCUGCCGACCUUGGCCUCAAAGAGAUGCUUGCCACCAAUGAGCCCACUUUGCCUUAUGCUACUUUUGUAACUGACUCAUUCACUUUUGAUCCAAAUUUUAUUGGAAGAGAUGAGGAGGUGUCAAUUAUAGUUGAAAAGGUUACCUCUUGUAUCACAACCGAUGAACGUGUUUCUAUCCUCGCCAUUGUGGGAAUGGGAGGAUUGGGGAAGACUACUUUGACUAGAAAAGUCUUUAAUAUUCUAAAAGAAAAGAAUUUGUUUGGAUCAUAUAUUUGGGUGCAUGUUUCUCAAAUUUUUGAUCCAAUUGCCCUGCUCAAGAAUAUUCUCAUGGAGUUGGUUUUCUGUUCCUAUUAUGAAAUUGAAACUGAGAGUAGGCAAGAUAUGCUGAAAAGGAUUCAAGAAGCUUUGAACGAUAAAUCUUAUCUUCUUAUUCUUGAUGAUGUUUGGCAUGAAGAUCGUCCCACAUGGGAUGGUUUUAUCAAUUCCUUGUUGGGCGUUAGUUCUAUUAACGGAAAUGUCAUUGUUGUUACCACCAGAAGUAUGGUGGUGGCUACCACCGUGAAUGCACUUCCAACAUAUAAAUUGGAAGGAUUACCGAAGGAAGAUUGUUGGUCAAUUAUCAAAGCAAAAACAUUUGGUGAAGAGGAUGCUCCGUCACAAUGUGAGGCCAUUGGGAUUGAGAUUGCAAAAAAAUGUAAAGGUUUGCCAUUAGCUGCCAAGGUAGUUGGUGGAGUACUGCACAAUAAAUCUUUUGAAGAAUGGCACUCAAUCAAAGAUAAUUGGCUUUCACAAGAUGAAGGAGAUCGUAUCAGAAAGAUAUUGAAGUUGAGCUUUGAUAAUUUGUUUUCACUGUCACUGAAGAAGUGCUUCACAUACUGUUCGGUUUUCCCAAAAGGUCACAAAAUAGUGAGGCAGGAGUUGAUUGAGCUAUGGAUAUCAGAAGGGUUUCUCCAACAUGAUGAAAGAAAUGACAUGGAGUCUGUGGGAAACAACGUAUUCAAUAAUCUUGUACACAACUCUUUAUUGGUAGUUGAAGAGAGAGAUGCUUAUGGAAAUGUUGAAAGUUGCGUGAUGCACAAUCUUAUGCAUGAUCUCGCAAGUUCUCUUUUAAGUGGAGCCGAUCAAGUUCGAUAUUUAUAUCAUGGAGUUGGUGAUGGUGAUAUAAAUGAAAGAACAAAACAAGCAAGCAAAUAUAUGCGUACGUUGAUCUUCCAAGGUGAAAUUAUUGAAACCACCGUCUUCUCGAGUUUCAAAUAUUUGAAUGUCCUUACUCUCAACUGUGAUAAAGUUACUGAGUUACCGAGUUCCAUUCGUAAGUUGAUAUAUUUGAGGCAUCUUAAUAUUUCAAGAACACAAAUUGAAAUUUUGCCAGAUUGGAUUUGUGAACUCCGUUGCUUGCAAAGGUUGUAUGCAUUGACAAUGUCUCUGAGGGAACUGCCUAGUACUUUUGAGUACUUAAUUAAUUUACUGUAUUUUUAUAUUCAGAGUGGUGUGCAGUUGCCUCCUAGGAUUGGGAGAUUAACUAAUCUGCAAGCUCUCAAGUUCAGAGUGGCCGAGCUGAAAGGAUACACUAUCGAAGAGUUGGGGAGUUUGGACAAUCUCGAACGACUAUCUAUUCAGAAUCUGGAAAAGGUAGCUGACAUUGAAGAAGCGAAGAAAGCAAAGUUAUCUGAGAAGCAAAGACUAAGCACCUUGGAGUUAGAAUGGGCUGAAAAUGGGGAAGGUGAAAGAAAAGACGAGUCUCUCAAAAACAAGAGAGAAAGGGAUGAUGAGGCUGUGGCUGUGUUGGAAGGCCUCGAACCUCACCAAGAGCUAAAGGUGUUAAAGAUUGCAGGAUUCAAAGGCGAAAGAUUACCAUCAUGGAUUGUUGAAAGGAGGCUUGACAGGUUGAUUGAGAUAACACUGAGUAGCUGCCAAGAAUUUGAAGAAAUUCCGACGUUGGGGCAGUUGCCUAAUCUCAAAUUUCUUAGUUUGAGCAAAUUGAGCAGUGUGAGAUCUAUAAAUUCUUUAUUCUGUUGGACUGGCAAUAGCGACGAAGUCAUCUUUCCAUCACUUGAAAGUCUAUUACUGCUAAAUAUGGCUGAUUUGAGCGAGAGGAGUCAAACAGAAUUUUCCAAUGAAGUGAAGGUAUUUCCUCGUCUUAAAUCCUUGAAGAUACACCACUGCUAUAGAUUGGAAUAUCUCCCAAACUGGUUAUUCCGUAAAACUCAUAGUGUCUCUCAAUUGGAUAUAAAGCAUUGUCCCAUGUUGAGAGCAUUGCCAGAUGGUUUACAUGCUCUGGAUUCUCUGGAGCAGUUGACUAUAAGAGGCUGUCGAAAUCUGAAGUCCAUAGCAUAUCCAAGUGGUGGGAGGAGCUUUCCAUCCCUCCGCAGUUUGGAGAUUCAUGAUUGCCAUGAGCUGGUGGAAUUGGUGGAGCCAUCGGCGCCUUUGCUCAAGAAAGUGUCUGUGGUGGAACUAAAGAGCCUUCAGAAUCUACCUAGGUUUCUUCGUUGCUUGGAAAAAUCACAAUUUCUUGAACAACUCACCGUUGUUGCUGUCCCCACAUUCAUGUUCAAUUCUAGUGGCUAUGUCUGGCCUUUUCGCAGGUUGAAAAAAUUGGAGAUCGAUAUUAGCAGGCUAUGGUCAGAAGAGAAUAGAGUGGCUAUUAAUGCGAGAGUCGACUACAUAUUGCAAGACUGUCACUUUUCACUUGGUGAGCUAAAUUUGACAGGGCUGGAUGUAUGGAAGUGUUUGCCAAAAUCAAUUCAACAUCUCAAGGUUCUUCAUAGUUUAGAGUUGGAGGGUUUUGGAGAAGAAGCAUUGCAUGAAUGGUUUGGACAUCUCUCAUCUCUGACAAAGUUAUGUCUCUCUGAUUUUACAAACUUGAGGGGUCUUCCCUCAAUGCAGAGCCUCACCAGAUUACAGGAGCUUCACAUUCGUGAUUGUCCAAAAUUACCGAUUGAGUCUGAGAGGAACAAGUUGUCGAGUCACACCCUCAUCUACUUCAAUGGUCACAAGAUUUAGAUCCAUUGCUCAAUUCUUCGUUCCUUCUUGUGUUUCUAUAAGGAAGCUAGCCACUGCCGCAAUAUAAAGCAGUUAUAUCAGAAAGUUUAGGACUCUGGAGGAGGAUUACGGAGGAUUUGUGUUUGAGCUUGAGGUGAAGAAGGAAUUAUUGUCCAUUAACAUUUCUUCAACUCCACACUGACUGUAAACUGCAUAUUAAAAUUUCCCCAACAGGUUUGGAGAAGAAGAUGAAGCAGGCAGAGACUUGUUUUAUUUGUAUAGAAAGAGAGUUUGAUGGCUGUACUCAUUUUAUCCAUGACUAUUGCAUGAAAACUGUAAAAUGUAAGUGAUGGAUUCAUGAUUCUGAUUUGGGGUGUGCCGAACACAUCAUGUCGGAGCAAUUGGCGCUGCAUAGCUGUCGAGUCACCUCUGCCAAGAAAUGCCGCAAUGUUGCUGCACCGAGUCCAUCAUGUUGCAGCUCAGUGAACACUUAUGAGCUUUGUUUCUCUCUUAUCUGUUUUGUUCUUUGGUGGAGCAGCCAAUGGACAAGAAGGUAGAUGGGAGCUUGUGUUGGAAAGAUCGUUAUUGGGUGAAAAUAACCUGAGAAUCAAGAGAUAAAAAUCACAUGGGAUCCUUAUUCCAGGCU